GUAGUAGUGUUGGUUGGGCGCGAGAAACAAAACCCAGUACGGGUGUGCGCUUUGUGGCGCAUGGCACCACGGAGAUGAAGCGAGCCGCGCGGGCGCUAGCCCGGAGCGUCGGCUCGGAGGCCGUGUCGCUGGGAGCGGCGGCGGCCGCCUUCCACCGCAUCCCGGGCCCCAAGCCGUCGCUGCCUUUCAUCGGAACGAGCUGGCAGUACUCGAGAUGGGGGCGAUACAAUCUCUACCAACUUCAUGAAGCCAGCACUGAUAAGUACUAUCGGUAUGGUGACCUCAUGAAAGAAGAGUACCAGUGGCAAAAGCCGGUGGUUCACUCUUUCAACCCAGACGACUUCCAGGUCAUAUUUCAAAACCAGGGGCGCUGGCCAGAUCGACCGCCAAAUGAGUUUGUCUGCAAGUACCGCAACGAUCACCCUGAAAAGUACAACAGUGUUGGACUUUCUAAUGCGCAUGGCCAAGAGUGGCACCGGCUACGCAUGGCACUUGCACCAGUGCUGCUUGAGAUGAAGAACAUAGCUGAGCUGGCGACAUGGCAAGAGGAAAUCUGUAAUGACUUCGCAGAGUACGUGCGAUGGUUGAGAGACCCCAACACUCUGGAAGUAGACUGUGUUCAGGAUGCCUUGUCUAGGCUUGCUCUGGAAUCAAUAUUUAGGCUUUGCCUGGAUACACGACUUGGUUGUCUACAACCAUUGCGGCAUGAACAAGGCGAAGCACAGACGGUGAUAGAUGUUGCCAGGCAACUGUUUUCUGCCUAUCAGCAGCUGUACUAUGGACUUCCCGUGUGGAAGUACGUGCCCACACCAUCGUACCAGAGGUACACAAAGGCCGAGGAUGUCCUCUACAAAAUAACACUGGACUACAUGCAGCAGUAUGCCAAACAUGCACCACGCGAUCAGAACGACAAGAGCCUUCUCCAAGCGCUUCUCGAUUUGGAUGGGCUUUCUGCGAAGGACAUUCACCUGACAAUUAUGGAUUUCAUCAUAGGUGGUGUUUUUACGACUAGCAUUGCCUUGUGCUUUCUUCUACACCACUUGGCCUCCAAUCAAGAUGUGCAGGAAAAGCUCUACUCCGAGCUCAAAUCUGGCAACAUCAGUAGUUGUGCCUACCUUCGCGCAUGCAUAAAGGAAAGUUUCCGGUUGAGCCCAACUGUGCCUGGUGUAAUGAGAGUCCUGCCUGAGGACGUGGUGCUUUCCGGAUACAGGCUGCCCGCUGGAGUUAAUGUGCACCUCAAUCUAAGUACAUGGGUUCUGACAGAGCUUGUUUCUGGCAAGACACCGCCUUGUCGCGAAGUCGCUACGUGGACGUUCCAAGAUGGCACCGAGGCCCCGGUCGCCUUCGUGUCGACUCGUCGCUGGUCCAAGCAGCACAAAGUCUGGGUGGGGUUAGACCCCGAGUCCGUCCCACGUCCUUUUCGCGGGCGCACCCUUUCGGACCUGCUCGACGCUUCCGGAGGUGCCUCGAUGCCGCCUGUUCCCGAUGCCUCCUACUGCGACGCUUGCAGUGUCCUACUAGUACACGAGGCUACCCAUCAUUGUUCGCGGGUUCACCGAACGAAGUCUGGCGGUGCCCCUGCGGUCCUGUCUACUCCGGUGGUGCUGCCUGGCCCGGGCCUUCAACCUGCCCUGUCGACCGACUCCGUUCAGGCAGUUGUGAAGGCGCUCGUCAUGGACUCAUCAUUCAAGUCGGCCAUCGCUGCUGCGGUGUCUGCCGCCCUCCCGCGGCCCCUGGUUCCUGCUGAGACGCCGCCGAACAAAGACACCGGGGCCCCCGUCGAUCUCGUCUACAUCGACGCCGCUGCCAAGAACGUCACGCCGGAGCACAAGAAGGCGCUGCUCCUGAACGCCUUGGGCGUUGAGGGACUCCUACCUGCCAAUGGACACCACCUCUCCAGCUUCGCCGCCGGCUUGCGCGGGUGCCUGCCACCGCUGCGGCUCCACGCGGCAUUGGGCCAACUCCGUCGCUUGUCCUGCCAGGAGCCAGACGUGCUCGCGAUGCGGACGUCGUGGACAUUUCGCAUGGGUCUGUCGCGCUACUACAGAGUCGACCGGUCAUUGGACUUCUGCCGCGCUGCUACAGAGUCGACCGGUCAUUGGACUAUUGGACUUCUGCAUCUUCCCUUACGGAUCAAUGGAUCCACUUUCAACAUGCUCAUCAACACUGGGGCAGCUGUGUCAAUGCUCAACGUCCAAGAUUAUAAGAGGAACUUUUCACAUAUUAAGUUGCUAACUUUGCACCUCGUUCUAGAGAAUUACUCCGAGCAAGCCAUAAGUAAUCAGGGCUAUCUCAAGGCAACAGUCUCGUACAAUGGCAACUGCGCCACGAUUCCCUUCUACGUCACGGAAAAAGGCACCUCGCUCCUGGGAUUACAUGCCAUCCGAGCUCUGAAAAUAACCAUCACAGGUGAGACCCUCACUUGUUCUCUCGUUGACUCCUCGGCGGUUCCGGCGAAUGCGCCACCAGAGUAUCACCACCUGUUUUCGUCGGGCAUUGGUGCCGCGCAGAAUUAUGUUUACCAUGUCAAGCGGUUGCCUGGUGUGCAGCCAGUGGGGGCCAAACUGCGUUGUCUUUCCUUCUUGCUGAGGCAACAUGUUGCCGACGAGCUGCUACGACUAGAGUUGAUUUGCACCAUUGGGAGGGUGGAUGAUUCGGACUGGGUGUUUGCCUUUGUUGCCCGCAAGGACAAUUUCAUUCGACUUUGUGUCGAUCUCCAUGAGCCAAACACGGCCAUUAUGGUUCCGGUGUUUGCCAAUUCACUAGUGACCUGUCGCCUGGAGAAGUACUUUCCGCAGCCGGAACAGUUCCGGCCUGAACGUUGGCUCGGGGAAGCACGGGGCCUGAUCCACCCGUUUAGUCUGCUGCCUUUCGGCCAUGGUGCCCGCAUGUGCGUGGGCAGACGCUUCGCAGAGCUUGAGCUCAUGACUACAGCUGCCAAGAUGGUUCAGAAUUUCAUCAUUGAGCCCUGCACACAACGCAUCAACACUGCAUACGUGUUUGUAGUGGUGCCAAGCCACCCCGUGAGACUCCGGUUCAUCGACCGGAACUGAUCACCCACACCUCUCAAUGUAUGACAGCAAGGUGCCCCUUCGAAUUCUUUAGCAUACCCAUGUUUAUUUGGUGCCAGUCAUCUUGUUAUUUUUAGUGGUGGUCCAACUGUGCUGCCUGUUCAGUUUUACUGCACCUUGAUGCAUGCAUCUACCCCAAAGUUUACGUUUUGGUGUGGCACUAGACUCAUUCUUGGCCUCUUU